AUGGACACUACUGGACUGAAUCUGGAAUGUACUAUGCGCGCAUUCGCAACUAUGGAAGACAAUACAUACGGCCAAGUGGACGAGGUCGAUGAAUCGGGAGGACACGAGGGAGUACACCAAUACCAGUAUGCGAGACAGUUCAUGAUCAAUCUCACCAAACGCAUCAUCUACCCCCUCGCGGUCUUGCUCGGAAUGCUCAUCAAGAUAUCUACAAAAGCCCGCUUGGACCCAUCUGCUCCAAUUUUCAACCGCUGCUUUUUCAACAAGUGCCCUUCUGAGGUCGUUGAUGAGUUAUAUUCUCACCUCACCGACAAGAGAGACAUGUUGGCGUUGCUGAUGUCCGGCAACAAGCAGCACGUCAACAGUGGGAAGCAAGCAAUCUGGAGUAGAUGCACUCCCAAAGGCUACGACACCCUGCGCUCCCUUCAAGAAAGCACAUUAGAGUAUAACGCUAUGAUCCACCACCUCGACCUUGAGACUGAGCCGGUACUACCCGAGCUGAACCACCUCAAAACUCUCUCACUUCUCAUUCGUCCCGGAGGAGCCGAUGAGGAUACGUUCCGAUCCAUGAUGGUCCGCGUAUUCGAGAAGAUUGGCAACAUGAAGAACUUACAUCACCUGAGCAUCACUUAUGCCGAAAACACACACCUCGGAGCUGAAGAGUUCGCGCCUCUCAAGCAGUUGACCAGACUCACUCAUCUGAAGCUCACAGGUCGAUACCACCAGCUCUAUCUAUCUGAUAUCUCCCAAGAAGACCUACUGACCACCGUCUUGCCCAUGAAGAGACUCGAGGAGCUGGUGAUAUUCGGAUCGCACUACGCUGGGGAAGGGGGCGGGCUCAGCGACAACGUCACGCUAUAUCAGCUCGGUCGGGGGCUACCUCAUCUCCGCAAGCUCACCCUACCCGGUUGCUUCGACAUUGGUGAGCUUCACGAUUACCUUUACGAUGACUUCUACGAUUCACCUCCGUUGUUUCCCGUCAUGGACUACAUGUACUUAAUUAGUGACAGCACCCCCCUGCCUUGUGAAUCUCCUAGAGAGGUCAGGAUCACGCAUUCUCGUGUCAGAGUGAUCGCUGCACAGCUAAUCGCCAUGGCCCCUGGAUUACAACACUUCGACGGUCUCUUCGUCAUCGGCGACGUGUCCAUCUCAUUCUCCAAACUUGAUAGCAAGACUCGUUGUCAGUGUCGUCACGUCCACAACUUCAGAAAGUACGAGUUCUUGCUUUGA